GUCCGAAAUCUGAGGCAACUGAACGCAACGCAGAGCCCUUUCGUCAACGUCCCGAGCUUCGACUAACACGUUAGCGCUGAAAGGCGGCGUCUUUUUUGGGGCAGCAUCUUCAACACAUCCCCGACAUUAGAAUAUCCAGGCGGGCCAUGAAGGCGACUACGGGUGUCUUACUUUUCCUAGUGCUGUCCGCGUCCGUGCUCUCGGUUGCCCAAGCGGCCAGAAGCCGGACCGGCAGCCAGAACAGCUUCCGACGGGCGGCCAACGGCGUCUACCAGACGCUGAGCAACGUGUUCGGGGAGGAGAACAUCCGAGGCCUCUACAAGUUCUUCUCCAAAGCAACAGAGCGCUUUGUUCAUGGCGUGGACUCCUUCAUUGACGCGGUCUGGAAGAUCUGGGCUGAUCUCCUCGAUGUGAUGGGCAUUGACUCGUCCAACCUGAGCCACUACUUUAGUCCGGCGACCGUGAGCGGCAACCCGGCUCGCGUCCUGCCCCUGGUGGCCGGUGUUCUGGCAGCCCUGUGGAUCCUGUCAGUGUUGCUGGGUGCCGUGUUCUACGUGCUGCACGCCGUAUUCGGCCGCUUCUUCUGGCUGGCCCGUGUGGUUCUCCUGGCCCUGGCAUGCUUGUACGUGCUACAGAAGUUCGAGGGCGACCCCGAGCGCACUGUGCUCCUGCUGUGCGUCAUCAUGGUGCUGUACUUCAUGACGAGCCCCGUGGGAGUGUACUGGCGACGCGGGGCCGGCUCGCUGGAGGAGAAGAUCGACCACCUGGACACUCAGAUCCGCUUACUCAACAUCCGGCUGAGUCGGGUCAUCGAUGGCCUGGAGCGUGUGGAAGAAUAGAAGGAGCAGCACUUCCUCGAUCGUUUCAGAUGAUUUGGCUGCAUUUGUUCACUGACUGGCGUUUGAAGCAGCCAAGAACACUGACCCAAGUGACUGUAUGUGACUCAGAAUUACCCCAAAGUCCAUAAACAGAAACAAGUUUACCACAGCAACGUAACACGGAUGGACUCAAAUGCUCAAUACAGACUCAGCAGGUCAAUGCCGACGCAGGCUAAGAGUCCGACUAAGAUAUAAGCAGUAACAGCGAUCCCCAUGACUACUGACCAUCAUCUCCAACCUGGACAGUGAAACACACUGGACAAAAGUACUUUAUAUGCUAACUUCAGAUAUUCUUUUCUUCUCACCUUCUUGUCUAAAAACCCACAGAAGAGACAGAAAGUUAAUCCUUUGAUGGUCGUCGCACAUUAUGACGUACAAAAUGUAUACAAAAGUUAAGGUACAUUUUUCCCGACAACUUCCAACUUGGACGUUGAAGGUACCGCUGUAUGUUAUUCCACACACAAAAAAAGCUUUUGAAAAUGAUCAAGUGGGCGUACAACACCGGGGCCAAUAUGUAUAUUUUAUUCCAUGUAAAAAAUGAAAACUGACCUGUUUUCUAUUUUCCAUCCACACUGUCAAAAAGUUGUGCUCAUUCUCUCUUAAAUGAGCAAAUUUAUUGGGACACACAGAAAGUUGUCCCAAAGAAAGAUGUCUGUUGUGAAUAUUUUAGUCCACACAGUGUGUAUGCAUAUUUACAUGAUUUGUUUCUACAGGAAUGUUUCCUCAUCAUGGAUACAGAAUAAUCUCAGGGACUAAUUGGAUAAAUAUUUCAAGUAUGAACUUUUUUUCUGCAGUCAUCAAAUGAUCCUGUUUAUGGUUUUACUUAUUUUAAAUGGACUGUCACGUUUCCCCCGGCCAGUUCGGGAAAUCGCUCGGACGCACAAUCUGGACUCGAGAUGUCAUUUUGUACAUAAUUAUAAUGCCACACAAAAGCCAUAGUAUCAACUCAUGGCAAUCGGAGUGGUCUUUACAAACAUUACAAAUAAUUCAGAACUGCAUGUCGUAAAUUACUUUAAAUUGUCCAAAUUAAAAAAUGUGAAUAAUAAGUCAUACGUACAGUAUAUUAUACUAUUACCAUAAUCAAUGAGAAAAAGCAGUUUCUUGCACUAAUUACUGCACUUCAGUCAAUAUUACAACCUGUUAAUUUUUGCUUCUGUGAUAUGAAGGAAGAAAUGUUUAAAAAAAUAUUACGUUUUAUUCCAGGGUUGCGUCCAGUUUUUAUAGUUCUCUGAGGGCCAUGCUAAAUUUAUUUAGUAUGAGCUACAUUUUUAUUAUACAUUUUGGGGCUUUUAAAAAUAUUUUUAUUUGAAGAAUUGCAUGGCAAACCUCGUGGCCCACAGGCCAUAGGUUACCCACUCGUUUUAGUUAUAUGUGAGUAAAGUAAAUUUCGUAACAGGUGAGUUGUGGAUGUUUUACGACUAACAGCAUGUGUUUUGUGUGAAAAUGGAUUUACAAGUCAGUGUGGAGAAGGUUUUUAUGACUAACGAUAGAUUUGAGUAGUGCUACACUGGAAAAGGGUAAAGUUUACAAAAAAGGUCUUAUGCAUUUGUGGGAUUUUACACUUAAAUUAAAAUGAAACACAUUUUUCAACUCAACUGAAAAAUCUAAUUGUAAUCCUCACUGUUUUUAUUUCCAUAUACAGCCUUUUUCUGUUAUGUGCCAACUUGAAUCAAUGUCAUUUUCAAAUUUUGAGCCUGCCCCUUUUUUUUUGUUUUCAUAUGUAUUGUAGAAUAGGCCACGUGGAACUGUGAUUUUGUGUGUGUGUGUGUGUGUUUAAGUUUAUAUGCAAACAUGUCCAUGGGUAGUAAUUGAAUAGUUUGUUGCGUGCGUGUCCAAUUGCAAAUGACUUCCACAUUUAAAUGAAUUAAAAAUACAAAUAGAAAGGGCAUCCUGUGUUCUU